UGAAUAAAUAAAUUUCGAAAUACCAUCAUUUCAUCAAAAUUAUCAAAUUGCAAUUUCGGUAAAAUGCCUGUAGGUAAAUUUUAUCUUACUAUCUUAACGAUGAUGGCUUUCAUGGUCUUAUCAGUAGCAAGCAGGGGGGCAACUGUUGGUGACGUCCCGCAAGAGCGAGAUUUAAGUACGAAUGGGCCUACGAGAACAGCCAAAUGGAUGUCAAGGUCCCAACCUGUCCAGCCCCGUGCUCCGAAAGAUAGUCCCGGUUACUCUACGCCUCAAGAUGGACCACCAUAGUCAGACUAUGGUUGAUAUGCAUCAAGUAUGGCAAGCUCCAUCAUUGUUUAAAUUCAUACUUUUCGAAUAGCUUGUGCUUUUUGACACUGUAC